AGUUUACGUCGGUGAUCAAAAUGAAGGAGCACACGAGGGAGCUAAAAUUAUAUUGCUAAAUCUGAACAUAUGACAAUGGAUAAAAGUAAUGCCAAUGCUGAUCAACUGGGCGAAAUAUUCAUCUGUUCCUAUCCGGACUGUCACGCGUAUUACAACCGAGAGUGGAAGCUACAAGCGCAUCUCUGCAAACACACCGGAGAGAGGCCGUUUAAAUGCAAAUAUAAGAAGUGCAGCAAAUCUUUCUGUACGAAGCAUCAUCUUACUCGCCAUGUUCUGACGCACACCGGUGAAAAACCUUACAGAUGCACAGAAGACGGCUGUAAAGAAGGUUUCACCACAAAUGGCAACUUACAGAAACACAUUUCCCGGAUUCACAGACAAGAGACAAAACAGUACAUAUGUACAUUUGAAGGCUGCGGCAAAGCAUUCAAGAAAAAUAAUCAGCUGAAAACCCAUGAGUGCACACACACUCAGCUCCUACCUUUCUUGUGCACUCAUGAAGGCUGCGGGAGACGCUUUCCUCAGCGUGGUAAACUGAAGCGCCAUGAAAAAGUACAUAAAGGCUACUCUUGUGAGACCGAGGGCUGUUCGUUUGUUGCCAAAAACUGGACAGAGAUGACAAGCCAUAAAAAAGUACAUAUAGUGCGAGUUCAGUGCGAUCAGUGUCAGAAAACCUUCAGGGACAGCUGGUUCCUGAAGCAGCAUCAGCACGUUCACAGUGAAGAGCGUCUGGUGUUUCACUGUCCCCGAGAUGGGUGCACCCGCUCCUACACCACCGCAUUUAACCUGCAAAGCCACAUUCUGUCCUUCCACGAACAGCAGCGCUCCUUCAUCUGUGCCCAUCCUGGCUGCGGAAAAGCCUUCUCCAUGAAGCAAAGUUUACAGCGCCAUGGUGUGGUUCAUGAUCCUGAAAAGAAGCAGAUGAAGCCCCGUCCAAAACGUUCACUGGCAUCCCGCCUGAGUGGCUACAAAUCAAAGAAGACCCGUCAAACUAAAACUGAAUCGUCAGCGCCUCAGAUCAGCCAAUCGGAGAACCCUACACAUCCUCAAUCAGAUAACCAGCUGCACUCUUUAAGCUCUGAAACGUUACCAAGUUCUACUUUAGAGCCUGUAAAAUCUAUUUGUUCUUCUGCAAAUCCAGUGAUGCAUCUAUUAGAGCCCUUCUUAGUGUAGACUUCAAUGAUCCAUCAAGCCAAUUGAAUGAUUUUACCCACAAGACACCAUUUCUAAAGCAAAGUUUUUGGAGUUGUUGCAAACUAAACAUACAACUGGAGGAAAAAAAGACUUUUAUAAUGAAUUUUGAUGUAAUUAAGCUAAUUUAUGUUGGAUAUUUACAUUCAACAGCCUUUAUUACAUAUUCAUGAUUGUUUAAUGUUCUGUGUACGUUUAUUUUGCCUGCAAGUUCCUCUGUGGAGACUCUUAAUUUGAAGCACAUUGGGGCUAAUAGCAAGCAUUUCACAUAUGUUGUGUCGCAGUUGAUUGUUCAUCUAAACCUAUCGAAAACAUUGGCUAUAAAUUGAAGUCAUCAAUGAA